AAAAUAAAAACUUUAUCGGAUCAAUUUGCAGUUAUUGAGUUCUGACCGCUCGAUCGUUAUAUCCGCUGAUAUUGGUAAAUAAGAGCAUCUACAAUUGUCAUACGUCUCACUCGAACACGCAAAAAUUCCCCCUUUCAAGGCAAGCAUGAAGACGUUUAUAAUCUGUGUUGCUGGAUUGUUGGUUCACGUCGCUAGUGCAGCCCUUCAAUGCGAGAUAAUCCGAAUAAAGACAUGUGCACAACGAUACAAAGUUGCUGUAAAGGACGGCAAAAACCACUGCGAAAGAUUGCAGACAAUGAUCGACUGUCUGGCUCAGGAUUUUUCAUGCGCUGACAUCACUAUCACAAGCUUCAGGUUUUGGAUGCUACAGAUGGGUCUGAUGGACAAGAUCAUGGGAAACUGUCCGGACCUGGAGACAGAUGACCUCAGGACUUUCACCACCAAAAUUUUAAACAAGAGACCAGACCUGGUCGUGGAUUCCGUUGACAUGGAUUCAUCUUCUCCAUGCGCCAGAAAGAUUCACAACAGAUGCGUGGAAUAUUACGUGAAAACACUUAAACGAACUCGCCAAAUUUGCACAGCAGUUCAGGCUCUGAAUUUGUGCUAUAGCAAAGGCAUUGUAGACGACAACUGCCAGGCAGACAUCAUCGAGCAUUUUGCUGAUAUCUUGCAGAAGGUAGCUCCGAGGGUGAUAAACAUCUUGAAAAACAAUUUGCCUAAGGUGUGUGAGGACUGGGUCUAGGCGAACUAACACGUUACAAGAGGAUGUUGUACAAGUUACGCCUAAAAAUAACCUUAGUUUAUGAAAAUAGCUGUAGAAGGAUUGCAAGCAUGUAUGAUUGAUUAACACGGUUCAUUAGACUUGAACUAAAUAUGAAGCAAAUAACU